UGGGGUGAAGGAUCCAGUGAGAUGGAAGAGGCAGGGAGUCCAGCUCAUUGUGGGUAGGGAGACAGAGGGUUGCUGGGCAUGUAGAGACGGCCUAAGUAGGUAACACUCAACUUCCCUCUCCCCUGCUCAGAUUUGCUGCUGCUGUGGCCCAGCCCCUUGCACCUUGUGCUGUCCCUGCUGCCCCGGCAUCAAGGUCUCGACGGGUACCCGGCUCCUCUACAUGCUCUUCCACAUCCUGGCCUGCGCCAGCUGCUGCUUCAUGCUCUCCCGCACUGUGGCCGAAGCCAUCAAGGAGAACGUGCCUUUCUACGCAGUGCUGUGUGAACACCUUCCUGGGGGCAGUGACUGUGACAUCCUGGUGGGCUACUCAGCCGUCUACAGGGUCUGCUUUGGCACCGCCUGCUUCUACCUGGGCCUGGCAGCCUUCUUGGUCAACAUCAAGUCCAGCAGCAACUUCCGCGCCCUGUUGCACAAUGGGUUCUGGUUCCUGAAGCUCCUCAUCCUUGUGGGGCUCUGCGCAGCCGCCUUCUUCAUCCAAGACCAGCGCUUCCUCCGAGCCUGGCACUUGGUUGGUGUCUGUGGCGGCUUUGCCUUCAUCCUGGUCCAACUGGUGCUGAUCACAGCCUUUGCCCACACCUGGAACAAGAACUGGCUGACAGGUGCCUCCACGGACAAGCGCUGGUACCUGGCUAUCUUCCUGGCCACACUGGGCUUCUACACCAUAGCCUCCACUGCUUACACUUUCCUGUACAAAUUCUACACCCACCCAGGCGGCUGUUUCCUCAACAAGGGGCUGCUGGCCUUCAACGGUGCCCUGUGCCUCCUCAUGUCCUUCAUCUCCAUCACCCCCUGCGUCCGCCUGCGACAGCCAAGCUCCAGCCCCUUACAGGCCUCCAUCAUCUGCUGCUACGUCAUGUACCUGACGUUCUCCGCCCUGUCCAGCCGGCCACCAGAGAAAGUGCAGUACAAGGGGCAGAAUCUCACCAUCUGCUUCCCCAGUGUAAGCAAGGACGGGAUGCAGACGGAGGACACAACAGUGGCUAUCCUGGGUGCUGGGGUCAUGUACGCCUGCGUCCUCUUUGCCUGCAAUGAAGCAUCAAUGCUCGCUGAGCUGUUUGGACCUCUCUGGAUGGUCAAGAUCUACAGCUUUGAGUUUAAGAAGGCAUCCUGUUUCUUCUGUUGCCCUGAUAAGAUGGAAGAGGAGGUAGCAGCUAUGAAAAUGCGGUGCUCGAGACCACCUUCACUCAUGGCAGCUGGUCCACCUUCUGGGUUAAGGUCUCUUCUGGCUGGGCCUGUGUCCUCCUCUACCUCUGGCUUCUGCUGGGCCCGCUCUGCCUCCCGGGCUCGCGCCAACGCAACAACAGCCCCCUGCGUUUCGUGCGUCGCCAGCGGCGCAACCUUCACCGCAUCAGUGUUGCUACGUAGCUGCUGCUGCUGCCACCGCCACCGCCAAAAGGGCCUGGAGGCUCUUUUGCUUUUGCCACAGCCUACCAUGGGCUCAGCCGCCUGCCACGAUCACCAACGGUCAACGGUCGGUGCAAAGAGACCCACCUGGUGCCAAGAGACCAGGCCUGGUCCAAAGACUAUCUGCACUGGGUGAUGCAUGUCAAGGCCGCCCAUGAUGCCACGUCCCACUGCUGGCCACAGCAUGCCUUGCCCCAGUGGGUACCUUUAAUGUGAACGGCCAGCAGAGUGGGGGCCCAGAGGAGGCAGGUGCUUUAACGGAAGGAGAGGAAAAGCAUGGUGCUGAUGCCCAUCCAUCCAUCUCCCUCAGUGUUGGUUGCAAGGCUAGACAAAAUACGAGUCAGAGCUCCAAGUGGUGAAGUCCCACUAAUAUGGACCAGAGAACUCCAGAGAGAGGAAGGAGGAGGGUGCACACAAAGAAUCAAACACAGGAACACAUCGCCUCUCCCCAGUUCUCAGCCAUUAGACACUGCAGGGUCUUGGCAGUGAGCAACAUCUGACCUGUAGUGCGGUG